CCUCGGGACGUCCCGGACAGGUGCGACGCCUUUAUCCUGGGAGGAAGGCAGGGACCUGGCCGCGCCUCCUCGGGAGAAGAGCUUGAGCCCGCAGAUAGAUUUUCAAGCUUAAACUUUGCGCAUCCGGCCUGUCCUUUCUUUGUGAGUUUAUGGGACUAUGCUAGCUAUAAAUUUGUUAUAUUGACGUAUUUAUUUGAAGAGCGCGGUCACUCAGAAUCCCUUUGGUUGUUUUGACUGUUGCAGAUGUAGUGUUAAAGUAAGGAAAAUGGGGUUUCCCGUGACUAGACGUGACACUCAAAAUAGCACGGCGGUGUUUUUCUCGAUGAACUAUUCAUGAUGGGGAUGCGAGUGGCCUUGCACGCAGCAGACCGUCCAGAGCACUGCUUCGCCUCCCCCUGCAUCACCCCUGUGGCGAGCACAGCCCUGUUCCCGGAGCGUAGAUGCGGGCGCGUUGGAGGAACCGUGAUGGGAAGUAUCAGCGCGAAGAGUCGCUGAACGGAGAGCGUGAGAGAGCCGAGGCUGAGGCGGAGGAAGACCAUGUUUCGCGAACUCCGCCGGAAAUCGCUGCAACUAGAGCGCGGAGCUCUGGAAAAGUUCCGAUCCGAGAGGCGAGGCUCGCUGUCGGACAAGGCGAAAAGUCGGCGGUCGACCCCUCCCCCCGCGACCCCCCAGGGAGGCCACCACCACGACAAGUCCGAGCGCAGGGGUUCCCUCGUCUCCAG